AUGGCUGAAGUACUGGCUGUUUUCGCUGCGAUCCAAGCUACCACACAACUUGUGGAGCAAGCCUUCCGAAUCUUCGAUCGCCUACGCAGGGCAAACGCUCGUCAGAAAGCUCUUGCUGAAGUCUUGGCUCGACACCGUAGCGAGCUCGAGAGUAUCAAGACGAUCAUCGGUAUAAUAGACGAUGAAGAGGACCUGCAAAUCCCUACUGUUGCUACCGAGCUCGUCCGACUUCAAGCUGUGCAGAACAAGUUGGCCGAAUUGCUUGAGACGCUCGACCCCAAGACGGCAAGCAAGGUCAACCAAUUAGCGCGUCAGCUGGUCCAUGGCUCAGCGGAUGAGAAGAAGCUUGGUUCCAUCAUGGAUGAGCUGGUCCAAGUCAAGACCCUGCUUAUUUUGCGCAUCCAGGUCGCCCACAUCGGAGUAAUACGUACUAUUGGAAAGGAGGCCGUAGUCAAUGCGGAAGUUAUAAAGCGAAUAGACGCUUUCUUGAGGGAGCAUAUUCCCAACUGCGAGGGGUUGCGAAUUGCACGCUUGUUGAAGGGCCGAAGUCCAUCAAAUGAUGGCACGAUGCCAUUGACUCUUACAGAUCUCAGAGCUCUUGACAAGGAGAUCAAUGGCGAUGGCGAAGAUAGCGGAGACGAGACGCUCGUUGAUGAUUCCGAAAUAUCACCUCGCGAGUUGCCGGUCAAGACCGAGCGCAUCAUCACGCGAAACACAGCGCGGAACCAGGCUCUGCAAGUGAAUGCUGCUCUCGAACAGGAUAUGUGGAAAGACAUAAGUCGUCUCAAGAUCCAGGACAACGUAGCUGAAGACCAGAGUUGCCAGGUCAACUACCCUAUAUCGCGGGACAUAUUCUCGAUGAUGCUCGACCGGCAAAGUAAGAUCGCAGUACCAUCGCGACAGAGACCAGUAAGCACGCGUUAA